UAAGUAGUGCAUCCAGUUGUUGGUUGGUUGUAUAUGAUCCUGCUUAUCUCUUAUCAGUCAUUCCAAAAAGACAGUCAGUUGAGGCAGAAUUUAUCGUCGGUGAGACGUUCUAUUAUGAAUAAAGUCAAGGAAAAUUGCAUCAAUCAAGUUCCCUGUGAAUAAACUUGCUGACUCGCUGACUGUGAUCUUCAACUUCCUCAUUGUAUUCGCUUACUAUUUGAGCUCACACGAUGUUUCCCAGAACUUUCCUCACAAUGGGUAUUUUAUCGUUGUUCCACGCCGCAUAUUCUGCUGUACAACAUCGAUCCUACUUGCGUAUCACUGCACAAGAAUUCACAACUUUGCCACUAGAUAUUUUGUUACAGGCGAUCAUUAGUAUGUUCCUUACAAUGUAUGGUAUUUUGCAAAUAGCUGGAGACUUCAAAGAAAUCCGAGCCACUGUGGAUCUGGAAAGUAAAUCCUGGGAAACUUUACGGAAUAUCCCUUCUUUCUAUACAGUUAAUCACCGUGGCAGAGCGUUAUCUCCGGAAUUUGAUCCUGCGUCACUAAAAUCACAAACUCAAAGUUUGUCAAUGGUUUCCAGUGAUGCAGUAUACUCAUAAUGUUCCAGAAAGUAUUUUAUACUUGACUGUAAAUUAUAUUCCUCACCUCUCAAUUCUGCUUUUGUUUUCAAAAAUGUUUAUUUCUCUCAUACUCAAAACUUAAUGGAAAAAAUCCUUCGUAAAAGGUAAUGACAAAGAAAGGCCUCACAUUCACUGGGAACAAUGCUCAGUGAAUUUAAGAUACACAGGAAGAAGGAACCUCAGACUAUAAUUUUUAUAGCAAAACGGCAUUAACUUAAUGUUCUUGACUAAGUUUUGAAUCUCAUACCUCAACAUGCAGGAACAGUGCUGGAACUAUUCACUCCCUGUUCAAGAUUCUAAAUCUGAGGAGGGUGUUAAAUGCAAUUUCUUGUUAUUACAUUUUACAUUGUUGUAGAUAGUGUUUUCUCCAUUUUAAGUUUUUAUGAGACUGUGUCAAAAAUUUUAAAAAUAUUUCUAUCCAAUUUUUAGGAAAAUAUCUACAGAUGUUUAUAAAAUUUCCUUAAUGCUUAAGACUUUAAUCACCCACACUUUUUGACAAAUUUUCUCAAAAGAGCGAGACCAAUCUGCAGAAGUCAGUCGAGUUUUCCUAUGGACAGUUUUGAAACCCUAUCACUCAUUGAUGGCGAUAGAGAUAGCGUGAAGCAGCAAGGCGUUCUCUGAGAGAACAUCUCUUGGUCUGGUUUUUUUCAUAGCUGCAUGUUCUAUUGUUUCAUGUGAAUUUCGCUCUGAACAUAUUGUCAUCAGGCCAUAAUUUCAUCAAUUUUCAAAUCUUCUAGUGUCUUGACCUUCAAAAUAUAUGCAUGACCUCCUAUUUGCAUAGGAAUUGCAGCUAAACUAGCCAAUAUUUUUCUUUAAAAUCACUGAUAAGCAACAGGGAAUUAGUGUCGCAGGAUUAGUAACUUCAAAAGUUCAUGACCAGUCAACAAUAUUGUGCAUUUAUCUAGAAGUUGGGUCCAGUAGCCACGUAAGUAGGUACCAUGAGAAACUUUAGAAUAAACCAAUCAAAAGUUCGAAUUUAUCAAUAAUGAACAGUUUUUAAAGAAGGUCAGUGUACUUCAGAGCCUUUGAUCUCGCAUACCUAUUUAAAGGCAUUAUAAAACAGCUGAUAGGCCAAGGUAAUUACCGUAACAAUACUGAGCCGAAGUUGUUCAACAAAUUAUCAAUUCUUCAAUGAAAACUAUGUAAUAUCUAUCCUUUGUAACUAGUUGUUUCUGUAAUUUUUCUAGAGAAUACUACAUCAGAAAUAAUGACUUUUUUUUUAAAAAAAAAAAAAAAAAAAAUUAUGUUCCGUUUUAUUGUCAUUGUGAAAUUAUGUUUUGUAACGCAGCUCAAUUUUUGAGAAGAAUAAUUUUUAUUCAAAAUAAAACAUGUUGUAACUUCCUUGUCUCUUUUCACUUCUGUGAGAGAACGAGAAUGGAACCAGAUAUUAGUAUAAUGCAUGACAUUUUUGUCGUAAGAUUUCGCAAGAAGCCCAUAGAACACAGAACUCAUGAUUAGAAUGUUUUCCUUUAACAGCACUAUCUCACUCUUGAAAAAUUUUUACAAUACAUUUCACGUCAAGUUCAAAAUUCAGACAUCUCUUUAUUUGUAUGUAUAUUUGUGCAGUAUCUCAUUUACUUCUUUUGAUAUAUAAACUUGGGUUUUCUCGUUUAGUCUUUAA